AUAACAUCCAGAUGCUGUCACAUGGCUCGGCUGACCUCAUCCUGGAAGCCUGCACUGACUUCUGGGAUGGAACUGAUAUCUACCCCCUGUCGGGCUCAGACAGAAGGUCCUGGACUUCUACCAGCGGGCCUGUCUGUCAGGUUACUGCUCAGCCUUUGCCUACAAACCCAUGCAAGUGUCACUGUCAAGCCAACUCAAUGGGAAGUGUGUAGAACUGGCCCCCAGUCCCAGCCUCUUCUCUGGAGUGGAGCUGCCCUCCACCACCCCCAUCAAAUACAACUCCUGUAGGAACAGCUGGAGCUCAGAUGAGGGUAUAGGUGAGGGGGUGGAGCGUGAGGACUGCGUCCAGGCCCUGAGUGGGCAGAUCUUCAUGGGAAUGGUGUCGUCUCAGUUCCAGGCGAGGCUGGACACAGUCCGGCUUAUCGAUGCCCUGGUCACAGCUUGCAUCCGCUUUGUUUACUUUUCUAUGGAGGAUGAGCUCCGCAGCAAGGUUUUUGCUGAGAAGAUGGGUUUAGAGACGGGCUGGAACUGCCACAUCUCUCUGACCCCAAACGGAGACAGUCCCUGUGAUGGAGCUCCAUCCAGCCCCAGUCACGGUUCCCUGCACGAAGACCUGAACCAAGAUUCUCGGGAUGAAGCAGAAGGUCCUUUGCUGCCAGAGGAGGAAGCCCACUCUGACUUAGCCAGUUUCCAGCCCACAGACAGUGAUGUGCCCAGCUUCCUGGAGGACUGCAACAGGGCCAAGCUACCUCGUGGGAUCCACCAGGUCCGUCCUCAUCUGAAGAACAUUGAUAAUGUGCCUCUUUUGGUGCCACUCUUCACUGACUGCACCCCUGACACCAUGUGUGAGAUGAUGAAGAUCAUGCAGGAGAACAGGGAGGUUACAUGCUGUCUGGGAAGCUCCGCCAAUUUCCGCAACAGCCGCCUGUUCCUACAGAGUGACAUCAGGUGAAAAGUGCCCUGCCAUCUGCAGCCACAGCAGUCCUCCAC